AUGCUACGAGAGGUGAGCAAGGGACCGAGGCGGUUCCUUUGCAGGAUUGCAGGAGAUCCCGAUCUAGGUAUUUUCCACUACAUAUCUGCUGGAGAGAUGCUCGUCAACAGGGCUAGGAAUGAGGCGGCCGAACGCGGAAUUCGAAACGAAGCCAGGUUGAGAAGCUCUUCCAUCGGCCACGACCACAUCCACGUCUCACCAAACGUGUUCAGGAGGUAUAUUUGUACCAAGCAUCGGACUAUGCAGUACCUCUGCACCUCAUAA